UUGUUGUUCUGCGUAUGGAUUCAUGUGGGUUAGUGCCGAUGGUGCCGAUCGAGCAGUUGUAGUAUUAUGUUGCGUUUCAGCGUGUUUUCUGGGUUUGUUUUCAAAUGAAAUUAUUUGGUAAUGGAAGUUGUGUCAUUUGGGUGUAAUCAUGUGGUUAGCCAGUCACUAUACCGACACUACUCAAUCCUGGCCCAUAUUUAUUGAAAAAGAAGUAAAAUAAAAAUAUGUUAUAAUAUUAAAUGAAAUGAGAUUAUAUGCAGUAUAGGAAUUUACUGAUUGUUUGCUGUAGCAGUCAUAGAUUUACCAGUUUCCAUUUAUGCUUCUGCACAGCAUUGAACAGUUGAAGCUGUGAAUGUAGGCAAGUCAUGUAUCUUGCUUCAGAAGUCAUAUAAAACACCACAGUAAGCAGAAGCUACUGUUUCUAAUGUGCUGCCAUCCAAUUCCUGUAAAAUACAGGAGAGGCAGUUACAGGAGUUAAAACAUGUGACAGUAAGUUAAAUCACAAGCUAGCCAUGCUCUGCUGAACGGCUUAAGUUUGGUGUCAGAGAAAGUAAUUGCGUUUGCUCGUCGAAGGAAUAUUUAUAUAUAUGGGUGUCUUCUUCAUAUGCAGGAGUUACAAUGGAGUGUAUGGAGGUGGUACGAAAAUGGAAAAGGAACAUGGAUAAUUAUUUCACGUACAGAAGAACAUUUCUGUUGAUAACAAUAGUGUUCGGUUUAAUUCUGUAUCUUGGUCCAAGUUUCCUAAAAUGGCUUUUCCGGUCAGAUACAAGUGCAGAAGACAUAGCUGAAAGAUGUUUGCGUGACAGACUGAGAGCCUUUUAUUUUGCUGCUGAAGAUUUCAAUGUCAAUAUUCAACACAUUCCACUACAGAAUCAAGAGAAGCCAUAUAUUCCGUACAUAGGGAAUGGAAUGUUUGGACUUCACGUACAUGCAGAAAGCACAUUGUUCAUACGGAAUGGUCGUGUUUUGUCACUUCCAGUCAGCUACCGCCCUGUUGUUACAGUUUUAUCACCAGCAGGUUUUGGGAAAGCACGUGAAGCAGUUGUGGUACAUUAUUUAAGUGGAAUAGUGCACAGGUAUCAGUGUUACAGCAGUGGACUCUAUAUGUCGUACCAGUAUUAUGCUCAUAGGACUUUACCAGCUAUUCUGGUACAAGAAAUUAAAGUUACAAACCCAACAAAUGAAAAUUUAAAUUUGGGUUCACAGCAAAUGAAAGAGACUGACUGGCCAACAGCUGCAACAGAAAUUGUACAAUUUGAACGCAACACAGGGAGUUAUGAGAAUCACACAUACACUGGAGUGGUUAAUAUUCCUUUAUCAUCUGGUGUAGUUGCUGUAUCUAUUGCCUCCAAGAAUGUUCCACGCACACUGGAGGUUAAAGCACGUUCUUCCACAAGUAUUCAAGUCCUAACAGCUGUUAACUAUUCUGAACCAUUAAGUGAAACAAAAUAUGACACAUGGACGGCUGUGGUUGAAAAGCAAGCUGGAGAUCACUUGAAAAUGGCUCUGAAAAAAGUGAACCGGCACAGCUUCAAAGAAGAUCACAUGAAUGUUUGGUCUCAGCUGUGGAGUACAGGAAUUACAAUCAGCUAUUCGAAAGCAGCAGAUGCUAUCAAUGGAGACAAGAUAAAUGCCACAAUGUAUUAUAUCUUGUCACAAGUUUCAUCACCAUACCAUGAAGAAACUACUACAAAACAGAAGAAAGUGGAACUAACUAACAGUCUCUUCUAUGCAGAAGGAUGUUUUGGUGGCUAUCACACUUUACAGGCAGCUAAUCUGUGGAGAGAACUUUCAACUGCAGAGGAUGUAAAUACUGCUGUAUCCCUGUGGUUGCUUACUUUAGAAAAACAGGGUUGCCACAACCUUAUAAAAGCUGGAGCAAGUGGUGUUGUCCAGGCCAUGGUGUUAAGCUUUGGGGCUUUGCGUUUUAGUAAUCAACAUCUUGAAUUCAAUAUCCACCCAAAAUAUCUUCAUAGAGAUUAUAUGUUCAGGAGGCUAAAUUAUGGGAAUUUGACUCAUGUAAAUAUAAGUGUAGUUGUCCAGGAUGAUAACAAGGCUGUUUUAUAUGUGGCUUUGGAUCGGAGUGACAGAUCAUACUAUGCUUGUGAUGGCGGCUGUUUGGAUGAUCCUGUGCUUCUUGGUCAACAGAAAAAACAGUUUCCUGUCAAAUUGACUGAUCCAGUGACAGCCAUAUUAUAUAUUACAUAUGACAAGCAGCAUAUGGAAGAAUUGAGGCAUACAAUACACUUGAAGGAAAUAGUUGAAGCUCCAGCACAUGAACACCAUGUCAUUGCAUUACACAAGCAUGGACAUCACCUAGGAGGCCUGCCUACCUUGUUCUGGGUGUCAAUCUGCAUUCUUAUUGUAACAUUUCAUUUAUUUCUAUUCAAACUCAUCUACAAUGAAUACUGUGGCCAGCAACAAGAUAAAUACCGCACCAGGUAUGGAAAACUUUGACCUGGUUCUCUCAGUCAUGAGUAAGAACCCCAAGGUAGAAUAAACAUUUAAUUCCAUGGACAGACAGUUUGAAAGUGCUAAAUAUACAACAGUUGUUUGAGAAACCAUUCUGUGAGUUUAUGUUAAAAGUUCUGUGUUAAAUUUUGAAAACAGUACUUUUAUUUAGAAUUCUAAUCUUUAAAUGUGCAGAUUUCAGUUAAUCCCUUCAAUUAAUUUGUCUUCCAGUAUUUGUUUCUGAAUACUUUCUUCGUUAUGGGAACAUUGAAGGUUUUACAAAAUAGACUGUAUUGAAUGAUAAUAUUGUUACUGCAUAAUAAAAAUACAGAGUUUAUUUUUA